UGUUCUUGGUCAUGAAAAAAUGCUGUAUUUUUUGAAGAUUCAAGGUAAGGAAUAAGCUACUCAUCUCGUUUCGAUUACUGGGGUAUUUUUCUAUUUUUGUUAUCAGUGAUCAAAACCCUUUGAAAUUCUUUCUUAAAUGGAACAAACUCGAGAGAAGAAGUUUGUUUGCAAGUUUUGCAACAAAAGGUAUCCAUGCGGGAAGUCCUUAGGCGGUCACAUAAGGACUCAUAUGAACAAUGAGAAUUGUGGUGAAUCAGAGACAGUGCCAUCAGCUGGACUUAUCUGCAAUGGAAGAAUCGUCAAGAGAGUCGCCGAAGCUGAAGCCGAUGGCUAUGGCCUGAGAGAGAACCCCAAGAAAACCAAGAAAUUCUCUGUUUCGAGCAAUGCUCCUUUGCUCAAAGAGAUGAUUUGCAAGGAAUGCGGUAAGGGUUUCCAUUCAUCCAAAGCUCUUUGUGGUCACAUGGCUUGCCAUUCAGAGAAAGAGAGGGUCUAUUGUGAAAAACAGAAGCCGAUGAUGGACAGUCAGUCCGACACCGAAACAUCAUCGACUCCAAGUAAGAGGAGGAGAUCUAAAAGAAUAAGGUACAGAUCAACUGAGGUUUAUUCUAACAAUUCGGUUGUUAUGGAGAAUGGUUCAUCAUCUGUUUCGGGGAUUGAGCAAGAACAAGAAGAGGUUGCAAUGUGUUUGAUGAUGCUCUCGAGGGAUUCAUCAGGUUGUUGUAAGAAAGGAUUGAGUUCAAUUGGCGACUCUUCUGAUAACAACUCUGUCAUUCUGGAAGCUAAAUCAUCGUCCAUUGAUGUGAGGAUUACUGUCAAGAAUGACAUGAAAUGUGUUCCCAACAAUGGUGAGUACUUGAAGAUGAAACAAAGAGACACCAAAUUGAAAUCCGCUGAGGCUGGUCCUUCUUCCGAGUGUUCAGAUUCUUUUUAUUUCACGAAUGGACCCAAAAAGGUGGAAUUCGAGGAAUUCGAUUCGAAAUUCGGGAAGAGUUCGAGUAAAUUCAAGAGUUUGAACACUGAAUUCCCCAAGGAUAAUAACCAAGCAAAUAGAGGUUUGAAUCAGUAUGAUUUGAGAAGAUCAAAUGCCAGGAAUGAUGAUUAUUACAGUCAUGAAGUUUACUGCAAUAACCCUUCAAAAGGAAGCAAAUAUGAGUGUUUGACCUGCAACAAGGCCUUCGAUUCCCACAGAGCACUCAGGGGACACAGAGCUAACCAUACAAAAGCCAAUGACUGCAACGAAGAUAGCUUAGCAAAUGAUGGUUUCAUUGUCCCAAUGACUCAUAACAAAGUGACCAAGCCAUCACCACAUGGAAGAACCCUAAAUAAUCCUCUUGGUUCCUCGUCCGAGAAAAGAUUGGGAUCAAAGAAAAACAAGAGGCACCAGUGCCCAUUUUGUUUCAGGGUUUUCAAGUCAGGCCAAGCUCUAGGAGGUCAUAAAAGGUCCCAUUUUGUUGGAGGUGCUGAAGAUAGAACAUUGGUGAUCAAGCAAGACUCGCCAGAUAUGCCCACUGCCGCUGUAAUUGAUCUUAACCUUCCCGCUCCUGUUGAGGAUGAUGCCAUGGGGAAUGUUGGGAUCUCGCCAUGGGAGAUUUAAAGGUCAAGAACCAUUCCUGGUGCAGGUGGAAUGGUGGGUUCGGUCUCUUGAAUGAAUGAAGUCUUGGGAAUAGGGUACUUCAUUAUGAUGCAAAUAUUUCAGUGUAUAGACAAAUUAAUUAGUUGGUCCCCUUGCAU